UUUUUGUGUGGACACGCGUUCAGGGUGUGCUGCCUCUCCUCCUCCUGCUGCUGUGGAAGCACCUACUUAUUUUUGGCAUCUGACAUUAGAGUUCACCCUUUGCAACAUGGCAGAAGCUCCUCAGAGUCUCCACAGCACCGGCGUCUGACCGCAGGAGUUUAUUCGUCUUUUUACACUUUCUGCACAGACUGAGCGCGACAUUGCGAUGGAUAAUCUUAUGAGACACUGACACGCCUGCUGUGAGCUGUAAUAGGAGAUCAGUUCUUUACCUUCGUCUUGGCUUCGCUCCAUCAUGACCAAAGAGGAGGAGAUCCCCGACUGGGUGGGAGCCAAGGAGUUCUACGACAAGUAUGAGCCCAAGGAGAUUCUGGGAAGGGGGGUGAGCAGUGUGGUGCGUCGCUGCGUCGACAAGCGAACAUCUCAGGAGUAUGCAGUGAAGAUCAUUGACAUCACCCCCUCUGACAAGAUGACUACACAGGAGAUCGAAGAGAUCAGAGAGGCGACGGUGAAGGAAAUCGACAUCCUCAAGAAAGUCUACGGACGGGAAAACAUCAUACAGCUCAAAGACUGCUACGAGUCCAAAGCCUUCUACUUCCUGGUUUUUGACCUGAUGAGGAAGGGUGAACUUUUUGACUACCUCACAGAGAAAGUUACUCUGAGUGAGAAGGAAACCAGGAAGAUUAUGCGUGCUCUGCUGGAAGUGGUCCAGUUUCUGCACAGCCAAAACAUCGUCCACCGGGACCUGAAGCCUGAGAACAUCCUUCUAGACGACGAUAUGAACAUCAAACUCACUGACUUCGGCUUCGCUAUGCAAAUCCAGCCAGGACAGAAGCUCAAAGAGGUGUGUGGGACCCCGGGUUAUCUUGCUCCUGAGAUCAUCGAGUGCUCCAUGGAUGCAGGACAUGCAGGAUACGGAGUAGCUGUGGACAUAUGGAGUGCAGGUGUCAUCAUGUACACGCUGCUCGCAGGCUCUCCGCCUUUCUGGCACAGGAAACAGAUGCUGAUGCUGCGUAUGAUCUUAGCAGGGAAGUACGACUUCUCGUCUCCAGAAUGGGAGGACCGCUCAGACACCGUUAUCGAUCUGAUCUCUCGGAUGCUUGUGGUGGAUCCAAAGCAGCGCUACACGGCUACAGAUGCUCUCAACCACUCGUUCUUUUCUCAAUAUGUGGUGGACGAAGUUCGGCAGUUCAGUCCAUACAGGCGCUUCAAGGUUAUCUGCAUGACUGUGCUCGCCACAAUGCGAAUCUACUGCAACUACCGCCGUGCCAAACCAGUCACCAAGGAGGUGAUCAAGAGCGACCCAUACGCCGUGAAGCCCAUCCGCAAGCUCAUCGACGCCUGCGCCUUCAAGAUCUACGGCCACUGGGUGAAGAAAGGCCAAACUCAGAACAGAGCAGCACUUUUCGAAAACACUCCCAAAGCCAUCCUGCUGUCGAUAGCUGCAGAAGCAGACGAGCCGGCGCAAAACGUCUGGUAACAAACUCAUCAGGGACGACUCAUCUACUGGAGCUGCUUACAUGACUGUGUAAAAAAAAAGACUAACGACAGACAAGGUUGAUUUAAGUUUGUCUCUAAUGUGGACCGCAUACUUUGCUCAUGGGAUUGAUUUACCUCAAGUCUUCAGUCUUUAAUAACGGUUAAACAAUUUGCAUGCCUUCUUUUUUUAAAUAUGUAUUAAAAUGACGGUAAAAAUAACACAUUUACUGCUAAAACUAAAUAUUUAACUUCAAACAAACCCAUCCUCAACUGUAUAUCCUCUGAAAAUUGACUUGUGCCUGUUUUAUGUGGAAACCUCUGUUAUGUCAUCAAAGAGUUAAGCCUACACUAUGCAGGAAUUUCCAAAAUCUCAAAACUUGACACAGUUUCUUCUUAUCCGCUGCUGUCUGGAAUAUAUAAGCUGUUUUUAAUGUGUGGUGCAAGACUAGAUAGUGGUAGCAUGUUACUCUUUUUCUCAAACAUGUCAGAGCUGUGAAACCUUGGCUGCAAAACGUGUAGAGACAAUCUACAUACUACAGCUGAUUGGAACAUAAAACCUGCAAAUUUUAAAAGUACUGACUUUACAGUUGGAGUACUGUGUGGCUAUUUGAUCACUAUGCAGGAUGAAUUGUACUGUACUGACAGCAGCUCCAAGGUAAGUUUAAAUUAUGAUAGCACUUUACAUUGUAUGCUAUGAAAGUAUUUAUUAAAAGUUCAUUCAAAACCUAAAUCUUGUUGUUGGAAAGGUA